ACGUUGACCGUGCCUGGUAAUUGAACAAAACUCGCCAUUUUUCUCGUAAUAUCGGUGAAAUGGACAAACGGUCUUAACGUGUGUUCCAAAGUCAUUCAUCAGGAAUUUCUCUGUUAGACUGAAAAGAUCCGGUUCGACGCCAAAACCGGCUCAUCGUUCAUCCGCGAUCCACCGCCAGGGAGUUGCCUUACGUCCAACGCGUUCUUGGUCUCCGAAUUUUCGUAAAUCUAAGAAAAAGGACGUUGCCCGUAUGGUCGAAGAUGAAUGAAAAGUCAAAUAACAAUGAGAUGGGUUUAAAAGCCACCACGUAAACCUAACGGUGCCCGGGCCCUCCCUACUUUCCUGAGUCAGUGGUAGGAAAAAAGUCAGAAGGGUCAGUGCUCGACGUUGAACUCUAUUAAACACUCAUCGUUUCCAUUAUGCGUGUGAAUAGGCGAGGAUGAAAACAGGCAGUUGGCUCAUUAUUUCAAUUAUUGGAAGCGCAGUUUUUGCUCAAACCAGUGGUUACACCAAUAAGACCCAACCAAGAGACAUUGUUACAAACGAAAUCGACAAUGGAUGGCAAGAUGACCCGUACAUGGAAGAAACGAAGCAGACGUGCAACGCCGGCAGCAUUUCAGGGUGCUUCGCAUCGAAGACGAUGUCAUCUAUGUCGGGCUUCUUCGACAGAGACUUGUACACAAUUUCAAAGGAGGCACGGUUCGUCAGGACGUCCCCAAUGAGCGAGAAGAAGAUAUCAUUCGAAGGCAUGGAUUUCGCUCAGGAGCCUCGUUCAGGCGAGUCGCCCUGGGAGGCGGCAAUCGGAUUCCUCGCCAGAAGAGCGGAACACUUCAUCAAGACAACAGCGUUAGAAGUGGAGCUGAAUGAUGAGAUGACUGAACAUGGAAAAUACCAGCCGAGGUUCAUCGACGAGAUCUAUUCGGAAAUAGAACGGCUAGAAGAUAAAAACGAAAAACCUGAAAAGAGAUAUGAAAUAAAAAAGCUGUUCAUCCCAUUGCUUGUCAUUCUGAAAAUAUUCAAACUGAAGCUGCUGUUUCUGUUACCCGUCCUGCUAGGGUUUGUCUCAUUUAAAAAAGUCAUCGGAAUUCUGAUUUUCCUCGUUCCUGGCAUUAUUGGGUAUUUCAAGCUUUGCAAACCGGACAUAAACAGUUCAUACGGCAAUUUUGGGCAUAGCAAUUAUUACCACAGGCCUCCAUCAAUCGGAGAAAAGUACGACCAAAUAAAUACCCACAUGUUGUCAUACAGAGAGCAGCAAGAAGCUAUGAAACUGGCCUACCAUGGAUAUAGAAACUGAUUGUGCAGAUUUUUUUUUUCAUAGGGCAUUAAUAAUUUAUUUAUGGUUUGAUCAUAAACUUGCGUAUUGUUUUCAAUUUCUUAUAUCGAUGUGACUUUUUUCUGUAAUUUUUCUUAUUUAAUGUUACCGUUUUGCAAAUUUGCAGAGCUACAAAAAUUAUGAUAACUGUCAUUAAAGUUUUUGUGUUUAUCAAAGUUAUUUAAAUAGUGUAAAAAAGUAUUUCAAUAUUUCAACUUAACAUAUAAAAUUGUAUUUCCUGAGAUGUGCCAACUGACAAAUAUUUAUACUGAAUAUUACCAAUGUCAUGUACCUUGAUUGUUUCUGGUGUAUGUAAAGCAAUGGAGUGUUAAUUUUAGUUCUAAAUUGAACGAGGUAUGUUUUUACUUCAAUUAUUUAUGUGAUUGUAUACCUUACAUUUAUAUUUUUUUUUAAUUUGCCUUAGAUUAUUUACAGGUAUAGAUAAAAAAAAGGUUUUUACUAGAAUUAUCAUUUGUUCCAAGCUGUUAACCAAUGCUCAAUAAACAUUUGACAGCCGA